AUGGCCGCGUCUUCCUCGAGCGCGUCGUCGACCACGUCUUCAGACCACGGCUCCCCAGAACCUGCCAAGAGCAACAUCUUGCGACGCACUGGCUCAGCAACAUCGCGCUCGAUAGCCAGUCAGACUACCAUCACAUUACUCGACCCAUUGCCCAAGCACAAGGAGAAUGCCAAAUCGCAGCCGCGACGCCCCGAGCGUGCCAGUAGCACGGCAUCUGCCAACAGUACCUUGUCGGCCCAGCACGUGCUGGCAAAAAACACCCCCCACGACGUUGAUGAAGGCGUCUCGUCAAAGCACGAUAGCGUUGAUAUCGAUGAUCGCAGUGAUGCCACGCCUCAUCACACCAAGCACAAGGCAGCUAAAUCAAAGGGGCUUGACCCAGAGCGGCCGAGUCCGACAUUAAGCGUCGAUGAUGCCAGUGAGGAUGUCAACAAGUACUCCUGCGAUGUGUGUGGCAAAUCCUACCAGCGACGCACCCAUCUGCGCAGGCACCAGAAGUCGCACCAAGAUCGCUAUGAAUACAGUUGUGACAUUUGCCACAAACAGUUUUAUCGCAAGCCUCCGCCUCCACGUGCUUUUACAAACAGCGGUGGCAGUGAUCUUCGUGUGCUCUUUGCUCUGCUCUCGUGGGGUCUGACCAUUGAUCAAAUGAUGGUGCAUCAGUGGUCGCAUCGCCGAAAUCAGCCUUUGCAGUGUAUUCACUCUGGUUGCACGGCCACUUUUGCUGACUCGAUCGGACUGGCACGUCAUGUGGAGACGGCACAUCGGACCCAACUGCCACCAGGUGCCCUUGAAGCUGCAACGGGUGCUAAAGACUCAGGAGAGCCAUAUCCCGAACCCAAGCGGCAAGCCCUCAGUCAGAACGUGUCUGCUCGCGUCUUCGGACCUGCAUCCCACAACGCCAUGGCGGUGGCUGGCUCCAAUGUUGUAGCCAUGGCACGUACACAGCCGUCGCAGCAAUUUCGCCAACCUGCCCUCAUGGAACCGAGCGUCAGAAACAUGGGGGUUGCCCGAGCUUCACAUGUGAUGAGCGCCAUGCCCGGGCCGACGGGUCCGUCUGGUAACUACUUUAUGUACCACGGCUAUCCAUAUACCAAUUCCAACCUGCCUAUCCCGGGUGCUCCAAGCGUGUGGCCCUCACAUGCCUUGAUGACCCAGUCUCAUAACCAAGUCAUCUCCUACCCGGUGAACACGAUGCCCUCCGCACCAAUGAUGGGCUAUGCCGAAACACCCACCACAAACCAACCUGACGCUCAACAUGGUGCACCCUACUGAUGACGUCUCGUGGCACAGAUUUGCCUCUUUUGCGUGGUGUAUGUUCAUCUUUUGUUCUCAUGCUCCGAUGCGGUGAUGAUAUCUCGUUUUGCCCUGUACUUCUUGCCCAACCGCUUGAAGAUGAGACAUCAUCGUCCUCAGUUUGAUAAAAGGCUUGAUUUAGAGUUGAGAAACACGCCGUCGUGAUCAUUAUGUUGUUGAGUGUUUGGCCUUGGGGCAUGCACGCUUUUUGCACUUGUUUUCAUUUUUGAGUUUGGCCCUCGCCUACGUUGUGCAUGCAUCUUAGCGACCAUUUCUCAGCCAAAUAGGUUGGUGUUCAGAGUUUUGUCUAAUGGAAUUCUCGAGAGCG